AUGACCAGGGAGAUCAAGGAGAAUACAAAGACUCUCAGGCUGCAGCAGGCACCCAGACAUCACAGAGAUAAUAGAGGAUCCCGAAAAGAAGUCAGCAAGUUACAAAGGAGGAAUGGGCAAGUAAAAGAUCUCCUGAAAGUGGGACGCCAACUGUUAAAGGGAGAUUCUCGCCUCAGGAUGCCUGCAACCUCAAGCUCAGCCUUGCGCGUGGUCCGUGAGAAAGCCACGGCUCCAACUGCAAAUCUGAGGAUUAAAACCAAUUUUAGCUCUUCAAGCAACACAGGCUGUACCUCAGUGCCUGAAGCCCAUGUGUCGGCUGCUGGAAGCAAAAGGUCUUUUUCUCACAAUUGUGGCCUUCAUGGUCAGAAUAAUGGAUCCUUAUCCAACAAGUCCAGACCCAGCCCACCUGCUUCCCGUGAAAAGGCCCCUUUGUCAACACUGAGCAAAACCCAGCCGAGUCCUGCGAACACCCGUCAGAAUUAUGGGGCUUCUUUAGCCAGCAGAAGCAACUCAGGCUCAAACAAAGGAAGUGACAGCAGCCAAGUGACGAGGCGAUCAGGGAAAUCUAUUUCUUGUGGUCACAACUGCAGCACUAAGCCAGAAAAUCCGGAGCGGUAUUUGACUCCUCUGCAGCAGAAAGAAGUUACAAUACGGCAUUUGAAAAAAAAGCUGAAGGAAUCCGAGUGCAAAGUUACAGAAAGGGAAAGAGAAAUCGAAAAGCUCAAAGCUCAGGUGGAACGUAUGAAGGAAGACUGGAUCGAAGACGAGUGUAAUCAUGUGGAGAUGGAGCUGAGCCUCUUGGAAGCAAGGAGGGAAAUUAAAGAACUCAAGCGAGGUAUUGAGAGCAUGAAGAAGAGCUUGGCUGAGAAAGACAAAAAAUUUCAGAAAUACUUCCUAGACGUAAGCAUUGAAAACAAGAAACUGGAAUCUUUGGUGUCGAGCAUGGAGAUGGCCCUGAAGAGCUCUGUGAGAGACGAGCAGCGCCCAGAGUACACAUGUGACUCUGAGGGGAAGCCGUUGUGUACCACGAUGCCAGACAGCCCCACCACAGAGGACCAAGCUCUGGAGGAGCUGGCAGGUAGUGGGCUGUUUCUUCAUGAGGACACAGCUAACGGGACUGAUUUAUUUGAAGAGAGUUUGACCACCACAACCUCUGAGUUGAGUGAUUCAGCUCCCUCCAAUUCUAUUGUGAAUCAAGAGAUGCUUGAAAAUGUUCUGGGUGAGAAACUAACUUUUUCCCAGGAGGAGGAGGAGAAAGUCAGAAACAUGAUGGUGGAGCAGACCAUCCAGACUGAUGUGGUGCCAUAUAGCCUAGAAGGGGAGCAGUUCAUUCAAAACAUGUUCGAGCUCAGAGCUCAAGAUGCCUGUCCUCUAAGCCCGCCUUCUUCCCUGAAGGAAUUGGGUCAAUUUCUUGAAAGCCUCAGUGAUUCUGGUAUCGUAGUGGACUUAACUCCAGGUGAGCCAAACUCUACCAUCCUUUUGUCUCCUGUGACACCUCCAUGCAGGAAGGUGGAGCACGGAGUUAAUGAAAACCAUUUUGUGAAAGAACUUGAUUUUACAGAACCUCACGAUGAUGAAGUCUUUGGGUACGUCAAUACUGUUUCUCAGACAGGAAUAAAGAAGACAUACUGGAGCAGCAGACUCGCCAGCGAUCUGGCUGUAGCAGCCCCUGUUGUACCAACUAUCAUGCGGGCUUUCAGUACUCAUGGAGCAGGAACAGAUCUCAUUUACAGUACUGGAGCGUUGUUUUGCAGUUCUGUCCUAGUCCACCGUUUUGCUCUUGACUAUUUGAUUUGCCCUAUAAAUCGGUUUGAAAACAUGUUACUUGUUUCAGAAUGGAAAAGGUAA